GGAUGGUUUAGGAAAAAAGGGAAAAUUAUCCUAUUAAAGGCAUUUGACCAAAGGAGCAACUUGGCAAAGUGUUUUGACCAAAGGGAUAAGAUAAUAAAGAAUAAGAAGGAAUUUCAUUUUGUUAUGCUUCAGUAGAAGCUAUCACAACACCCUCUUGUAAAAUAUCCUCAGGGAUUAAAUGAUAAUUUUUACUAACAAUUUAUUAAGUGUCAUUCGCUCGGGAUAUUCGAUCGUGUGACGGAAACUUUCCUUUCUUAAAAUUCGUGAUUCACCCAAAGAAAGGGCAAUUUUGAAUUAUCUUUGUCAUCUCAGUUGGCGAACAUGGACGUUGCCGCCGUGAACAGUUUCUAGUUGGUCCGUCAUUCAACGGCCAGAUCGCGUGACGAACUUAAGGAACAUGUACGUUAUCACGUCUCUUUUGCAGGUAAAUUUGUUACGCAAUCGAGAUUAAACACAAGUGAUCACGUACCCAAAACCUCGGAUGAAUUUUCGUGUCUGACUAACAAGUCAAAUUUCUAGCCUAAUUUUUCAGGUCUAUGUUUAAGCUUUGCACACACAUCCACGACAAACCGCUUUCCAGAACUUUAAACUCAGGAUUAUGUUACACCGUGAUGAUCCAUCAUCUAGGCAAGCGUAAUUUGGGAUUUAGUUCACUUCGAAAUGAGACGGGAUGACUUCUGGGGCGAAGACAGUGGUGUUUGUGACUGCGUUUGAGCUUUUAUAUGGAAAGGCCAUCUUCGCUGUGUUUCAAGUUGAAUGUUGUCCCUUCCAGUGACUUCUGUAAAAUUGGUGACUUGCGUCUUUUCACCAGGCGAAGUAUCCGUAUGAAGAUGAUUCACAUAAGCGAAACUAAUUGGCACAGAUGCCAUCCUAAAAGAAAUAAUCUAAAUAAAAGACUUGACGCUUCAAGAGCCUAUCGGUUGAGACAGAGGGUCAACUAAGGUAAAGAGUACAUUUUACUUUGCUUCUUACCUGACCUUUUUACAGAGCAAAUCCUGAAUUUUUGUUCGAUUUGGAACCAACAAUCGUCUUUGGAAAUUAGAAAUUAGCGUCAGGAAAAACUGGCUGGAAACGUCAACGUUUUCCGAAAUCAAUUUGACAACACUUGUUCCAUCAAUCGCACGCACUUAAUGAAAGCGACGGGAACAGAGAUCGUUCUCGUCCUCUGAAAUGUCCUAAUGACAGACAGCCUUUGUCUCGGAGCAGCACCCAGAUCCGUCAUGCAAUAGUCAUGAAAAAUAGAUAUUGUUCUCGCUUGAUUUGAGAAACAAUUACGUUUGUUUGAUAAGUCUGCAUUACGGGAUAUUGAUCUAAUUUUUUUUCGACCACAACGACAGGGUUGACUAGGAAUACAAUAGAAACACCACAAUCCUGUCACUAUUUACUCUAACCAAAUACAACGUAGGAAAAACGACUAUAAAAUUAUUUUAUUGUUAAUCAUCGACACGAUGAAUGUUUUCGGCAAAAUGCCGUCUAACUUCAUAAUUCAUAAUGCAUACAGUUCUUUGCUACGCUUACUUGCAAGACAGGCAUUAUAUAGGAUUUCCGUUGCUGUUUACGCAACGAGCAACUUAUGUUUCCUCCCACGCGCUGGGAUAUUGAGAUGAUUCUUCUAGUGUCUGCUUGAACCGAGUGCAAAAUGCAGAAAUUGGCUUCCAGAAUAUCCACUGGAGAAUUCAUGAUAACCGCGAUUUAUUCAGUCUUUCCUCAAACUGAUUUCCGAGAUAAAACAUGUCAAAUUGUUACACGUGAAUCCUGAACACAUGUUGUGAUUUUGAACCUUCGAUUACAAGGGAGCAUCUCAUUGGCGUGACGUCUACCCCGAUCUCGACUUCCUCAUAUGAGAAGAUCAAAGAUUGGCUGUUAUUUAAGUUCACGUGCCACUUUGUUUAGUCAGGCUUUUCAGCGCUUCGCGCAAUUGACACAUACAUGAAAGAGGUCACGUAUGUUUUAAAAGGAUUCGAUAGUCAAGGAGACCGAAAAUGAAAGAGGUGCUUCUUCCCUGUUAAAAUACUUCGUAAUCACUUCCACUCAGAUAAAAUUUAGCGUAUCUUGCAAAUCCGUGCUUAGGGACGAUCCACGCACUCUUUAAACCGUUGUUCACUUGGCGCUGAUGAGAAAAAUUGCAGACUCUGGAGGGAAGAUUGUAACAUCGUUUGCACAUUACAGAUGCAACUAGAAAAAGGCCUUCUUUCUUGUGCAAUAUCCUGAUUCUUCUCAUAUUUUGCCAGUUCAGUACCAUUACUUUGUGCUUUCGUUUCCGACAUGGAAUUUCUCUCCAACUGCUUCACAUACGCUGAACUUAUCGGAACGGAAGCCAUUUUUUGCCUGUGGAAUGAUAGAUACAAUUUUUUAACUGUUAUCGUGUUUGCACGCACAACGCAUCGAUCGGCCCUUGGCAUAGGGAAAUAUUUAUAGAUAUUUUCGACAAUAUCAUAGCCAAAAUAUAACCAAAUACACAUUUUUACUGCAUUCGGUGUAACCAGCUUUGCUAUUAAGACCAAGUAUACUCGCCUUGAUUUCUUGAGUAAUGCUGAAGUCCUCAGAAUUUCACAAGUACGUAAACAGGAAAGGUACAGCGAAUUGCUCCUGGUUGCGACGGAUCUAAAACCUUUCUGAAAACACAGGUCUCUUUAAAAGAACGGGCGUGAAAAAACGGAACUGACAAGUACAGACACAGUUCUCUUCUACCCGCACAAUACUUGGUCGAUUCAUAUAAAAACAUUGUUUCAUAAUUUCUCUGAUUGACGUAACCGAAAUACACGUCACAAACUACCUCUGAGACAUCGAUCCGAAUAUUUAUUCACCGGAAUACAUGCUAAGGCAUGCCCCUAUCUGUAUAUUUAAAGUACGUGGUCAUUUUAAGAAACUGCCACGAAUAAAGCAAGAUUUUCCCAAGGGCAAGCUAAAAGAGAUCUAAUCUGAAUGUAAAUUUUAAGUUAAGAUGGUAUGGUUGUCACGCUCUCGAGAGAUGUCGCGCAAUAAGUGAUAAAUGAUCGAGCGCCGCACACGGACGAGAAUACUUAAAAAUUCCGCAUGAUUCCAAUUAAUCCCUACGUCUUAGCAAAGUUAACCACAUGGCAUUGAGAGAAAACUGAGCGGAAUUCAGGGUAUCAGUGAUUUUCGUUUCGAAUUAUAAGAAUUCUGGGGGUGAGAAAAACUCAGUAAUUAUAGAGGCUUGUUACUCUUUGCCUUGCCUUGCGAUGAGUUGAGGAAGUUGUAACCACGUAACAAUCAAAACUGCGAAAAAUGAGGCAUUGGGCUGUAACCACCCUUUCAUAUGAUUCGUAUUUCCUGAAAACGGAAUGAUGUUGGUGUCCAAAUGUUAAACACAUUUCUUAUAUCAGGAGUCCGUGACUUCGCAAUAGGCCUGCCAUAUCCAUAAUCGAGUACAGCCCCAGGGGAGGGGGGUAGGGGUGUGCUAUCCGUGCUUCAAAUCCUGACCCUUAAUUUUAUCCCAAACAUACCAUUUUUCACACCUCUACUGAGUUCGUCAUUAUAGGAAAGGGGCUGGCCGAGAAACAGUCAGCAAUCUUCCGGUGCUCAGCUAAGCUGUGAGCCUACACGAUGCACCACAAUUCUAUGUGAUACACUACAAGUAAGCUUAUACCCAUGUAAAUUUAAAGUUGCCAACAUGGCGGCCUCGAAACUGGAAAUAAAUUUUCGGCGACUUUUAGAACGAUGUGAAGCUAUGGCGGAGGAGACUCAAGAAAACAAAGAGAACGUAAACUGGAGACUAGAUCGGGUAAGAUUACAUCACUAAUGUUAAUUCACCUCUCUGAAAACGUUUCUAUUCCAAAACAUUAUUGUUAACGACUUCACGUACAUCGUGAUCUUUUACAUCACAGUGAUUGAUUUUAUACAAUUUGUACCGUGUUUACUGGUUCAUCGUGAGCGGCUAUUCCCACAGACAGGGAAACAGUUUGCUUUCAGGGCUUUGAGAAAUUUCCUCCUUUUGAAUGAAAUAAACAAGAGAAAUGCUUGACCUAAGGCGAUAGAAAAAAAUAUAUAGAAACCAUUGACUUCAGUCAAUAAAAGUUAUGAAAACAAGUGAUAACCUUAUUGGUGUAACAUAUUAAUAAAACCUGGAAACUAUUCACUGCAACAUCAUUUUUUUUAUCAUUCAUUGCUUAUGAAAACUACUAGAAAUAUAAACAUAAGGGGCCUUGCCAGAUGAUAUACAUGGGAGGGAGGUAUUAGGGUAUAUAAGAAACUGCAAAACCAUAGAAUAAGUCAUUAAAAAUCGGAAAACUGCCAAAACAAUCGAUCAAAACCAAAUAACCAAAACAUUUUCACAUCCCUGCAUCAAACCUUUUAAUGAUUCAAUACAGUGGUGACAAGUGGAGCAAAAGGAGGUUUCACAGCUAUACGAAAUCAGUGGAAGGGAAAAAUUGCACCAAAAAAGACUGAAUUGACAAAUAACUAAAAUCAAAAUGGAAUCAAAUUGGCCAUGCUUAGUACGUUUUAAACUUUUUAACCCCCAAGAGUGAUCAGCACGUAAUUUCUCCUCACAGCAAUACUGCGGAAUCAAAUAUGGAGGUUAAGAGAAAAACAAAAUUGGUUGUUAACUAAAGGAGCUCUUGAUUGUAAAACAAAGUCUCCUUGUCAAUACCAAAGGGAAAGUGUAGAGAACUGUAUGGAGAAUAUGCACACAGAUGUUUGCAGUUAAAAAAAAUUACUUUUAUGUUCACAGUAUGUAUCAACCCUCCAGAGACAAGUCACUGAACUACGGAAAUCAAGCAAGUGGGUAUUUUAAAAACACCUCAAAAAUACUAACCAGAUUCCCCUUUACACAUCUCCUGGCAAAUAAGCCAAAUAUAAUUUGAUUUUUAUCAAGGAAAGGGUCUCUUGUAGACUGGAAUGUCUAUGUUAAAGCUCAAAUUUUAGUUUGAUUCAAAACUUUUUGGGGGGGGAGGCUAAGUAUCUGUUGUCCUUUAUCUCUACCUCAGUUUUUUUUUGUUUUUUUUUUGCAAAAGGUCUGAGAAACAAAACAGGAAAAACUCAACUUGUUUCAUAACUACUUAGACAUUAGACAUGAAAAAUGGCUGAUGGGAUGUAAUUAAGUGGAACAAUACAUGGGAGAUGUUAAUAUUAAGUAACUCUGGGGGCUCAAUGAUAAAGCUUGUCUUUAUGCUCUCUAUUUCUCACCAUGCAACUCCCUGAUUGUAAGUUUGAGAGUUGCUUCAAACCUCUGAUCCUUUGUGCUUUCCAUCGGAGAACCAGUGUCUUUUCACUAACAGGGGAAUUAAGUAUUAUCAACUGAGUUGACAACUUAAAUUGGCCACUGUAUAGAGUUUUAAAGCUGAUGUUUCAAGCAUUGGCUCUUCAUCAGAGCAAAAGACAAAGGGCUGACGGUCAAGACAUCAGCUUUAAAGCUCUUUAUGGUGGCCAAUUUACAUUAUCAACUCAGUUGAUAACACUAAAUUACCCUGCUAUACUCUCCCACCCAUGCAUCACCACUGACAUUUUCUUUAGAAAUUUACCCCUUUUAUUCUUUUCACUAAUACUUCUUUAUAAACAGUGUAGUGGCUUUGUCAUUCUCUUGAAAUUUAAUCUUAUUUAACAGCAAACCAAGUCUUGAUGCAAUGAAUGAGUACACCAAGAAGGUGGAGUUCCUGAAAGGCUUCAUUGAAACUCAUAAAAUGGUAAGAAUGGCAAUGGGUUUAACAGUGACUAAGUUGAACUUUAAAUCAAUAUUUUUUGGCUCUCUAUGAAAAUUGGCACUAAAGAAACACUCUCUAUGAAAAUUAUAUUGACUUUUGUUUUUUCAGGCACAUAAAUCCUGCCAUACUUAGCUAUGGAAAUUCUUUGUGAUAAGAUACAUUUAUGGGGGUAAAAAUGAAUUUUCAAACUUUAUCUAGCUCCCAGCAUAUGAAUUUGUAGUCCAGUAGGUAGUAAGCUUAACUUAUAUGCACAGGUUCAAUGUAGGUUCGAGCCUGGUCACUGUGCUAGGAGGAAAUUAGCAUGCAAAUUUAUUUAAUAAUGGCUGCUGCAUGAUUAUCAAUUAAGUAUUAGCUGGGGUUUUAUUCUAGAAAUCACCAACUGAGAAGCUGAUUGCCAGCCAGCAGUUGGUGAGACCAUUGAGUCAGCCACCCACCCAAACUAACCGAGCAGGAGACGCAGGAUGGCCAUUAAAUAAAGGACAAGAACUACAUAUCAAGGCAAAAUCACAGAUAAAUAGGGAAAUGAGAAAUGAACUGCUAGGAACUGGUAAGAACAAACUUCUAAAGCUUUUAUUUUUAUGAUACAGCAGUGGCAGGCCCAAGGUAAGGGUUUGGGGUGCAAACAUCUGACCCACCCCCCCCUUCCCACUCCAGACCAGUGGAUUUUUUUUUCACCUCUUGCCCAACAACAAUGAAGGAGAAGGGUCAGUGAGUGUGGGGGUAGGGGUGCAGACUGGCUCUCCACUCUAGAACAGUGGAUUCUUUUACCAUUUAUCUGAUUCCAAUUUAGGAGAAGGGUCAGAGAGGGAGAGGGAGGGGGGUCUGGACUCCCCCUGUACCAGACUGUAACAUAAUUUUUUACCACUAGUCUGACACCAAGUUUUUGCAAUGACAGGCUACUCAAUAUGAAGUAUUGAAUAUUUACUUCUCUUUAAAUGGUUCUUGGUUUAUCAAGGCUGUGGUGUUGGAACCUCCCCCUCCCUUCCCCCAUCAAAAGAUUCCUGGAUUCACCCUUGCACAAGAAUUGUCAGUAUAUAAUCUAUGAGCCUUGUAACUGUUAAAAAAAAUUUUGUUUAUUAAUUCUCCUUGAAAUGUAGACAGUGACAAGAAGGAUCCUCUAGGCUUGCGGAAGAGGUAAGAACAGUCAUUUGCUUUAUUUGUACAGUGUCAUCUAUAAAAUUUAUUUUGUCAUUUAGAAUGAAGCUUUGAAUGAUUUUAUUACUUAUUGAUGAAUAAUCACAAGUUUAAUCAACUGCAUAUUUGGUACUAUUGUUCCCAUAACACUGAUUUACAAAUAAGUUUAAAGUAUCCUUUUUAAUUUACAAAACUUAUAUUAUUAAGAUCAACAUGCAUUUGAAAAGCAUAUAAGUAUACAAUUUACGAAUACUUUCUGUCUUGCGGUGUGUCUGUUCAACAAUAGAUCACAUGUAGUUUCAUAAUAGGGUAAGGACAAAACAGUGAUUUCAACUUCAUAUGCAAGUUGAAGAAGUGAAUGUUAGUAUAGUCUCGCCUUUCAAGUUUACCUGCCACUUGCCUUCACUCACCUGAAAAGUGGAAAGGAAAAAAAUCAUACUUGUUCUGCAGGCUAGCCAGUAAAUUACACACAGCAUAUAUGUAAUGUUUAUAGUCAGAUCUGAUUCUACUUGGCUGCACUUCAUUUCAGGGCAACAGGUGAUAAAAGAGAAACCAAAGAUGGGAACAUAGACACAGUGUUACAACAUCACCAGAAUAUGCAGGAAAAUAUUGCAGAGGAAAUGAUCAGAAUGGCACAGAGCUUGAAGCAUACAUCACUCAUGGCCGGUAAUAUUAUUAAAGAGGAUUCAAAGGUGGGUUUUCUCUGAAUGCAACUGGGUGAGAAGAGCAUUUAGUUCUCUUUGUUACUCCAGGUUCGUUAAUCCUUUCAACCUUGACUAGUUUCUAAUUUCUCCUUACAAUAUCAGCCCUGAAUUACAAGUUGAGGUCAUGAGAAUAAAGGAAAUGAUCACCAACUAAAGAAGCUCUUGAUUGUUAAACAAAUUCUCCUUGUCAGCACCUUAGGAAAUGUAUAAAGAACAGUAUGGAGAUUAUGCAUACUGAUGUUAGGGUGUAAGGGGUUAACCCUUUCAGCUGUAAGUGACCAGCGUCUAAUUUCUCCUUACAAUAUCACCCCUGAAUUACACAUCAAGGUCAUGAGAGUAAAGGAAAUGAUCACCAACAAAAGAAGCUCCUGAUGAUUGUGAGCCCUUUACACAUGAACAUCUGCAUGCAUAUUCUCCCUUCUGUUCUCUGUACAUUCCCUUAGGUGCUAAUAAGGAGAAUUUGUUUAACAACCAAGAAAAUGCGAAGCAAAUCGCUUACCAAAAUUACCCCUGCUCUGCAGGCUACUUCAAAGUGCGAGUGAGCAAGAUUUCUGAAGUUUCUAAAAUGCUUUGAAAUGAUUUUUUUCAUUUUUCUCAUCUAGACACUGGAGAAUUCAACAAAACUUGCAGACAACAAUUUCGAAAAACUGAAAAGAGAAUCGGAAAGACUCGAAGAGUUGACACAGACGCCCUGCUCCAUGUGGCUCUGGAUAAUGAUAAUAACAGUUUGUGCUGUCUUUAUGUGGAUGAUAAUGUUUAUCAGACUUUUUCCAAAGAAAUAUUGAUGCGAAUUAUCAUAGAAUUAUAAAUAUGAAAAGCAUUUGAAGGGCAUUGGGAAAAUAAAAACUGAAAAAAAUAAAAAUAAAACAGCUUAAACAGUCACUCGAGCGUGUGAGCGGGCUAAAAUAAAUUUAAGCCCGCUAAAAUCUCAAGUUUUGUCCUGUGAAAUGCGCCGCAAUGCCUGAGAAAGUGAUGAUGAUAAGAAAUAGACGUCACAGGAAACAGAUAUCGGAAAAGGAAGAGCGAAAAAAAGAUGUAACAUGCUAAGUUCCAAUUUUAAGAAACUGUGUACGGUGUGCAUUUGCGCUUGCAAUUUAUGCUGUAAUUGAAUAAAUUUCUGUCGAGGUUUCCUUGCCAAAAGGAC